CCAAAAAAGACCUCUUUAAAUUUUAAUCCUUUUCUUUUUGCAAGCCAUUUAUAAUCAUCUUUCUAUUUAUUAGUUGAGUGUUUGGAUUUUUGAAGAUUUAAUUAGCGAAAGGCUUAUUUUCAUUGAGUGUUUACAGCAGCAGCAGAUUGCCAAAUGGCAUUGACCACCCAAAGAGACUCUGCCUUUCUUCCUUCACCGAACUACGAUGUGUUUUUGAGUUUCAGGGGUGAGGACACUCGACUUAGCUUUGUAUCGCAUUUAUACCACGAAUUGCAGCUCAGGGGUAUUAAAACAUUCAAGGACGAUCCUAAGCUUGAAAGAGGGACAGCUAUUUCUUCGGGGCUCUUCAACGCAAUCCAAGAAUCGAGGCUUGCAAUCGUUGUUCUCUCGCCAAAAUAUGCUUCUUCUACCUGGUGCUUGGAUGAGCUUACAGAGAUUCUCCAAUGCAUGAAAUCCAAGAGCGCCGUUCUGCCAGUGUUUUAUCAUGUGGAUCCUUCUGACGUACGAAAACAAACCGGUAGUUUUGCUUGCGCGUUCGCUGAGCAUGAGGAAAGGUUUAGGGAAGACAGAGAAAGGGUGAAGAGCUGGAGAACUGCUUUAACUGAAGUGGCCAAUUUAUCUGGGUUUGAUUCAAAGAAUGAGCAAGUUUUUUCGUAUGCCAUUUGAUCGUAAGCCAUCGUAUCUUCUUAUUUUAGACUUCACGAUCGUUUUACUUUUCCUCUUUGUAGGUGUGAAAGAAAGCUUAUUGAAUAUAUUGUUGAAUGGGUGUGGGAGAAAGUGCAUCACAGAUUCAAAUU